AGUGACAUUGUUUAGACCAGCUGAUCGAAAACAGUUCCCCAUAAAGGAGUUAAUUUUGCAGAAUUAUCUACAGUUGACCGAAGCGGAGACGAUGCUCGAGGCAACGAUAAAUGCACUUGACGUCUUUACGAACAAACAAAAUACUAAUAUUACAGUCUUUGUUGUACUCAAUCGUCCUUGUCGACUAUCAACCUUUUGUGAACAAGUUAUCUAAAAUUACCUAGAGUUUCAACAAGGACUUUUCCGAUACUCUCAGAAGACAUUUAGUUUAAUCUACGUUGAUCCAGUGCUAACCAGUAAACUCGGCUGCUUUAUCAUUAUUAUUUCAUCAUGGAAAAACAGAAGCAACGACAGAAAAAAAAACGGGAAAAACAACGUCAAUCUAUCCUGGAACAUCAGAUACCAGAUGCCCCCACAUUGGAAGAAUUUGAAUGCUUGCUCGGGGAAUCACCUACAAAUUAUCCCAAAGGUGAAGGAGUGGAGAAUAUGGAAAGUGAAUUGCAUUCAGCAGCCAUUGAUACUGAUGUUUACGAGAAGGAGAUUGCUGAAAGAGCAGCUCAUGAAAAUGAAUGCAGUUUACGGGUGGAGACAACUAAUGAGAUACUGUCAUUGGAUGAAAAUACAUAUGACGAAGUUGACACUAUCCCACCUUUCUCAGCAGUUGAUAAUAUCUUGAAUGAUCAAAUAGAUCAAGUUCGAGCAAGUGUCACCACAAUUCAAUUAGUUGAUAUUCCAUCAACUACUACUAACAAAGAACCUGAUCAAACAGUGCAAGUUUCUGAAGAUCUAAACAUGAUAAGUCCAUGUCAAAAACAAACACAAAUUGUAGAGAGCAAAAAUGAUACACAAAAUGCAUUCAAGGAAGUCAGACCAUUCACGGAACAGCAACUGGCAUCUUUAUACAAUAAUCAAGAAUUGGCAUUGGUGGAUACUUUUGUAAAUGAGUUCACAGAGACACAAUUGAGGUGUGGGCCUCUGAGGCAGCAGCACAGGUUACAUGAAUUAUUGAUGGGUUAUCUAAGAGUGAGGAAUCAUCUGAUCGCGAAUUCGUAUGAUCUGGAUCGUUUGAAGAAGAAUUGUCGGGAGACUCAAAAACAACUCUGGUGUCUGGAAAAGACAUCGAUAACGGAGAGCGGCGAAUGCCAGGACGGCAACCCAGUCAGCGCCAGCCACGAGUACGCGAUCGCCCAUUUCAACCAGCAGACUUUGAUAGCAUUAUCCAGAACCUUGACAGCCAUUAAGGAUGCUCUACACAAUAGUCAGGCAUUAUAUUGCUACGAGGCGGAGUCCUUGCGGCUGCAGAUCGAACAUUACGUGCAACGAGUUGCCCGGAGUUUCAGCGAAUUCGCCAGCCUUUCGCAAACAGCUCCCGCAAAUCUUUUGCCGGAACAACCACCGUCUCAGACAGCUCCGCAACUAGUGGAGCUCAGAAUGUGCGUGACAAUUUUGUUCAACUUCCAACGACGAGUCCUCAAGGAUGGAAAGUUUGUCACAGAUACGAGAGAGUGGCUGUCGAAAUUGGUGGCGAUCCUCCUGCGAGUCGCCACAUGGCAGGAUCACUUGUUCCUAUUGAAUCACAUUUUGCGGUGUCCUGGCGGAGUGAUGAAUUGGGCCAAAUCGUUCGUGCAAGCACCAGUGCAUCUGAAAGUGACAGGAUUGUGCUCCUCGCCGUUCAAUGAUCCAUACCUCGAUCACAUGAUUGCCACUCUCGCGAUGAUCCUGCUACCGAUCAAAGAACGGGAUAAAUUUCUGGAGCAGGUACAGGUAUCUCUGCAGGACACCUCGAGUAGUCCAGGCGAUACGGUAUGGGUGAUGCUAGAUGAAGAAGGCGAAGAAGACGAGGAUAUCGCCAACCUCGGCGCUAAUCUGUUUGAGAGCGAUUUGAUUUCUCUCCUUCAUCAGAUCCCGCUAGAUAAGCUCUUCGAGCAAGUGCUCUUUAUUCAUUGUCAGAAUAACAGAUAUUAUCAAGAGGAGAAUGCUAUCACAGACCAUCACAUGUUACGUCUUUUCGCAUUCUACACGACACUCGUCAGACUUCUUAAGCAGGGUCUCAAGACUUACGAUUCGCCAAGGUACAGGCAGCUGGCGAAGCGACUCAGUGCAUUGAUUAGAGACGUCGUUCAGUAUGCCAGCGAUCAGUGGGAAAUGUUCGACAGGAGCAAGGUAAUUGAUGAGUCAAUGCUGCUGAAACUGCAGACAGAGUACGACUGUUUCUUCGUUAGAGCGAUUCUCUGUAUCUUUUCGUCGCGACGUUUAGGUGCUUGGCAGUACCUUGCCGCAAUACCAUAUCACAUUAUAUCAUCCGUGACUCUAUGGCGUAUUUUCUAUAUUCUACACACCGAUGCUGCACAUGGUGAUGCGGCAGUGUCGAAUAUGUCUGCUGCAGAUUGGGAAGUUGAGCUAAAUUGCCCUCAGCUUCACAAGCAGUUUGAAGAGAAACUGUGUAACAUGCCUGGCGACGAGUCUUACUUUCUGUUAACUACUUUCGCUAACAUGGCCAUAGCAAGAGGCUGUCAAGAUUACGACUUCAUAAGAACGACCACAAUUGAUCUAUUCCAAAUUGGAUUUCUCAGUGAGAAAACUCAAGAGUCCUGCUCGAAGGACGCGAGAUCACUUUUAUCGAACUUGACAAGCAAAUAUCCUAUUCUCCUAUCUGACAUAUUGCAUAAGUUAAAGGAUAAUUUCGUAUCAGUUGGAAAGCUAAGCUUAUAUUUGUUCACUGAACUGAAGAUAGGAAUGUGGGUGCCACAACAGCAGGACAUGGAAAUUUUAUCUACAUGGUUACAUCAACAUCCCUUAACUUCAUCCGAGAGCCAUUUGGCUCGAUUGAUUCUCACACAUUUAAAUUGGGGCUUUGAUGCAAACGACAAUUUGUUCCUUCCGAUUCAUCUACAUCGACAAGUGGCGUUACUAAUUGUCGAACUUAUGACGAAAUACGUACCAGAUAAUCCAACGCAGACUGCUUCUCUAUUAGCCGAAGGUGUAAAGCAGGUGUCAUCGAUAGUGAGACCACAGAACAGCGAGCAGGCGUUUAGUCUAUGGGCCUGGGAGAUGGUGAAUAGACUGAGGCUGCAUCAGUUGGACCAAUCGGAAACCGUAUGCCGGCACACCAUAUCAAACCCGACCGAGGGUCUUGCUAAUGUGCCCAAUAUGGAAUCUGAUAUUUUCCUGGAUGUCUUGAUGAGAGGAGUGCGUGAGAGACAACCAAUAGCUUGCUACGUCUCUGUGCUAAUGACCCUGUGGGGCCAUUCAGUACCGUUGAUCUGCGUUGAGGGCUUUGGCCACCUACAGACGCUACAAUGUUACUACAAGUACGAACAGGUGCUGGUGUGCCUGUACCGCGUAGUGCCCUUAUUUCUCGAAUGUCCAGACUCGUUGCUGAAGAACGAUAAGUUUGUCAGUCUCAUAGUGCCACUCGUUGCUGCUGAUCGCACAUACAUGAAGAUAGCGAAAAACCUGAUUGCCCCGGAGUUUCCUGGACCGAUCCUUAAGCAGUUUGCCCAUAUGAUCGAGUCGCAUCUGCAUUAUUACAAACGAUAUUGUUUGUACACUCCAGAACGUUUCGUACACUUAUGGCUGAACGUGUUGAUUCUGGUCCAAGACUGGAACAAAGACCAUAGUGUGAUGUAUUUGAUGGAUACCGUGAUUCGUGCGGCGUUCUUUCAUCUAGACACUAGAGCGACGAUGAGAAAUAUGUUUCAGAAUCUCUUUUGCCCUGCCAUAGAGGGCAGUAGCGAGAGCAUAACAUCGAAUCGGACUCCAGGAUCAUUCGGAUCCUUUUUAAGUUGGGCCACAGGAUCUUCUAAUUCGGCGAGCCUCCUCGGCGGAACUGUUCAGGCCGUAUGGCUCGCAUAUCAGGUCUUGUUAUCAGAAGAAUACGACAGAGAAAUGAAAACCGGGUUGUGGCGCGAGAUCCUACGAGAGCUGUCUAUGCAAUCUAAGAUAUCUUUAGACACUGCACUUAAGAGAGCCUGUGCGACAGUGAAAGUGACACCAUUUGGGGUAAGUCAUUUAGCUAUCUAUCGUUGGUCGCAGCAAGCCCUCGACACACCUUUGGAUCAUCCACUUUUGCCACUUUUAUGGCAAAAUUUCUUCAGCUUAUUCCUCGCACGGGUUCCUAUAAUCACCGGAUCUACAGGCCAAGGCGGAGUCGGGGAAAAUUUCUUCGAGGGUAUGAUGCACCUGAGCUAUUUGAAGAAGUUAAAGAAACGUCUGCACGAGACAACGGAGCACUUCCAAUCAAAAGGAGAGAAGGAUACAGACAGCGGAAAACCGAUGACAGAUGAACGGCGUGUAUUUUACCUCAGCGUCGCAAAGUUUUAUAAAACGUUAAGCCUUUGGCUAGAAGAACCUCGUCUUCAGGAGCCCGCCUGUUAUUUCCCAGCUCUGCCACCGCAAUAUAUGCCGCAGAGACUGAUUUCGCUAGUGCAAGGAGACCGAACCCCCUGGCUUGAGUACGUCGAUCAUUUAGCAGUAGAACAGAGUCAGCUGAAGGCUGUUCUCGAGUGGGAACGCGCAACGUCCCGUGACCCUGAUAAUCAGUAUCUGCGAUACUCCCAGUCUCCUGCAAAUUCCACGGAAGCAGUCGAUCCUCUUCGCCGAAUCUUCCGCAGAUUAGGUUCCUACGAAUCACCAGUGUCACCGCCACCUCUUAGCCGGAAUCAGCUGGUGUUGGGCUGCGUAGCUCGAGAAAGUCUCUAUAAUGUCACCGCAGUUAUCGACCUUGUCAAGCCGCACCUUAGGACUAUCCUGGACUAUGCGCAGACAUACAACUUGAUGGUCUCCGAGCACACUGCAGUAGACUGCAGCUUUCUAGAGCUGGUGCCAACUCUCUAUCGAAUCUUUGAAAAUCAGGUGACUUUACAUGCUCUCUGUGACCCUGCGCCGCCAGGUCAGAGGCGUUCCAGGUCAGGCACACCACCCACGGUGCACUGUGCGGGUCCUGCGGUCAUCAGAAUCAAGGUCGCAGAGGCUCAUGUCAGCGAAGGUGUGGAUCAUAUGAUAACGCAGAAUCGAGCUGAGUACGAAAAUUUAUUGGUAAAAGCUAGUCAACCGCCGCCCAGUAAAGUUACUCUGGGUUGUGUCUUCAUCGACCACUUAAUCGCAAUGCUGGAACAUGAAUUAACUGUCAGUCGAACCAACGAGAACGGCGCGGUGUUGCAGAAGGUUCAAGAAAGCGGAGUCGAGCUGUUCUAUUAUCUAGUGGACUCCUAUAUGGAAGAGGCAGCGCUAUGCCCACCUACAAAACAGCUUAUCACUACUUGCUUGGAGAAGUUGGGCCGGUUAUUCAUAAGCGGAGAGGAGAGUCGAGGUCCGCAAUUGCUAAGUACUAUUAUUCAAAGGCCCAAUCUCGGUGGUUUGUUAGGCCCGCACUUCACGCCUGUUGCCGGAGGAGCCUCCACAUUUUUGCAAAUGUAUCAGACUGUCGUAGAUCUGGCUAGUGGCGCAAACGUCGAUUUGUGCUUCGUACUGCUCUCGAAAUUCGAUGUCGGCAGUUGGUUGAACUAUCGCCGUCCACGAUUGAGCGAGAGAUCUACCUUUAUAGAUUUAGUUUCUAAGGCAUUAUGCAACAUCGGUUUGAAUCCUGAGGAGGAGAAACUGAUACUACAUGAACUUUUCCGAAACCAUCUGCGUCUUAUCCUCCUGCACGAGUUCCCCGAGCACUAUGGCGAAGUGUUGAGCGCAGUGUUGAGAGGAUCCGAAAGCCAGAAUUUGUCGCUGGACGUGUGGCGUGAUUUGCUGGGAGCUCUCAGCAGCAAACCAAAGAGCAGCGCACCGAUACAUCCGUCGAAGAUCAGGGACGAAAUCAGGCAUUAUGCCACGGAACAGAGACUGUUGUCUCGCCAAGAGAUGCAUGACACCGCUGUGCUUCUGAGCCGACAUUUUAUGAAGGAAAGACUACAGUACGGAUUGUACGGGCUCUACCCGAAAUAUAGAGUUUACAAUGAGCCGUUAACCAUAUUUCUGGGUAUGGUCGGUCACGCUCUAGUCGUAUUGACUCUUCAGGCUGAUCGAGGGUCGCUCGCUGAUCAAUUAUGCGAGAAGAUUUGGCCAGUGUUGAGUGAAAUGUACGCACCGUGGAUCACCCCGUAUUGGACGAGAAAUCUGCGUGAGCCAACGGCCGCGUGGAUUCAGCAACUGACAGAUGACCGAUCGGUGUUACUGCCAUGGAUCAUCACUGACGGCCCUUAUGCGAAUCGAACGAUGGCAAUGUUCGCCGAGUGUGUGCGUUUCAUUGUCGACACUAUGCCGGCGUCCAGUAAGAUCCUCAGCUUCGUAUGGCAAUUCUACGUGUCAAACUAUGCGCAUGCUUCCGUCAAGGAACAUGUGUUGAAUGUGGUGCAUGGUAACUUCCUCUCCUUGCCGUGGGACCGUUUUUAUCCCACCGCCAACGACGUUGAAUUGAUGAUCAAAGUUGUCGACCAAUAUCUGCCGGAUUGCCACCUGUUCCUCGGCAGCGUUUUUGCUUGUAUCAACUGGUCCACUUGGAUCAGCGAGUUAAUGGCCACACAGUCACUGCCAGUCGCUUCUAGGAUGCACAUUUGUCUGUUGAACCUGCUGGUGAAGCUGUCUAAUGAGCCCAAUGUUAGGCAGAACGAGAAAGCGGUGCAGUUGGUCGCGGAAUCCGAAUGUUUCUCCUGGCACUUGAUCGACGCCGCGGCGUACGAUCAGAUAAUUAAUUGGCACGUGAUGAGUUGCGAUCCCAGGGUGGUUCUAUGCCUGGACGGGGAUCAUACUCAUCCCAUCGAUAUGGCUAUUAACAGCUUAUUAAAGAUAGCGGCAGGCUAUGAUCCCACGGUAAAGCACUUUCACCCCACUACCUUAAAGAAGAGACAGAUGUAUGUGCGUUCCUCAGUAAAGCUGUUGAUCAACUGCACCACAAGACAUAAGUCUCUUCUUUCGACUAACAGCAAAGCGUUCAACAUUGCGUUGUCGCGGAUGCUCGACGACAUGGAGAUCGUCAUCACUGGCACUGUCUCUGAGUCGCAACAAGUUGCCGAAGCCGGUCUGCUAAUCACUGAGUUUUUGCACUCGAUGAAUCAGAGCGCAGCGUUGAGCGAGCAUUUCCGUAGCAGUUGGACAGCUUGGCUGCUGGAGCGAACAGCUAGUAGUCCAGUGUUGAUGGGAGUGCUGAGAGUGAUUGGGAUUGCUGUUGCUUCCUCUUCUACUCUAGGCCAUCUCAUGGAGGCUGCCUUGGAGGGUUAUUUCAAGUAUAACAUAACGGACGAUGUUCGACCCACAUGGGCUGCAGUGCUGAUGGUACUGCAGUCAGUAGUACCUCGUCAGCCGCCUCUGGAGUCUGUUCUAGUAUCAGAAGGUAGAUUGCUAGCUUUCUAUUCUAUACUUCUCAAAAGACUUCCGUCUUGUAAGAAUAUCCGAGAGGAAGGCCUGCUUCUGAUCAGCUUGGUGGAUUGGAUUAGUACUAUUAAAACUACCAACAUCGCAGAAGAGAAACUGCCUCUAUUAUGGGCGAAGGCAUGCGAACUGGCCUACAGACAGUGUCAGUACAGUGAGAACACGGUGAUAGCUGCCAGAGCUCUAAAAGAGCUUGCACGAGCAUUGCUGACAGUAGCGAAUGAUGUGGGACAAGGAUGGGGCAUUCUAGGCGCUAUUGGACUGAGGAAAGGUUCUCAGCUCACCGUACGGUGCAAGUUCCUAAGUCGCGCCACGGCUGUCUACUGCUUGGCGCAGUUACCAGAAUCCAAAUCUGACCAACAAUUAGUGAGAUACACUCCGCAUUCGCCUGGUGUAGCACCAACGAGGUCGACUGAUCUAGACGCAAUGGAGAUUCGACCCAGUGUGGAUGCUGUGAAGGCGAUGCAAGGUCUGGAAGGACUGCUGCUGAACAAACAGUACGCAGAGUUGCGUGGUGAUGUAGAAAGGGCUAUCCGACUCGUCAGAGACUCGGCUAAUUCCUUGCACAACGCUGUCGAGGUCGUCGGCAUCCUCACCACAGAGCUCUACAAUCAAAGAUAUCUGCACGUGCUGACAGAGUGAUAAUAGUUUUAUGUAGAUUUAAUGACGGAUUCUUGACGAGAGUACCUCAAAUCACUUUAAAAUUGCAACGCGAGAGUUUUACGUGACGCUCCAAGUGUUACUGAGAAUUCUUUCAGGUCUUGACAAUUUUAAUCCUGGCAGAUUUAAAAGUUUGAAAAUAAUUGAAGAGAUUUCUCGAGAUUUUUCAAAAUGUUAAAAUAUUCCUGACCCAGAUUUCGAUGAAACCCUUGAAAUGACACAAACUUCUAGGGUAUUUAAAUUACUAUUGACUGAGAAUAUAUAGGAUAAUGUCCGUCACACUAUGUAGAUCUCACCAAAUGAUGCUCGUUUAAAUUGAAUGCUUAACAUCUAUAUCAGAAUUAGAAACGAUUGCGAUUGUGUUAUAAUUAUAUUAUAAUCUAUCCAGCAAUGUUAAUACAUAUGAUAAUGACUCGCGCUUGUUCGCUUGUAUCAAUAUUCAAUCAACAGUUCUCAUUUUUGUAAAAUCGUAACGCAAUUUUGAGGAUAUAACGCAAAUAUGUGUUUAGUUUACCCUUUUUAUUAUUUAAAUUUCAGAUCUGGAUUUGAUCUAGUCGCGCAAUGCCUUUUGUAGGCUCUAAUAUUUCUUUUUAUUUUAUCUUUUCUUUUUAUUGCAGUAUAUAAAAUAUUUUUAUAUGCCACACUUAUACAAUUUCUUACGCAUUCAAUUUAAACAUACGGUUGUGUAUAUAGAAUAUCAUGAAUCAUAAAAUUAGUAAUAUAGCUAUUUAUGUAAUAUAAAAAUUUCUUAUGCACUUGCGCACGCUACAAACAUACAAUUCGUAUAAUCUGUAAUUUAUUAUUGGUGUACAGAAAUUGUAUUCAAUUAAUCCAAUUUUACAAAUCGCAUUGUAAUUCUGGUAAUGUGAUUAACAGAUCUUUAUGGUUAAUAUCUUGCAAUCGCAUGUAAUGUAAUAAUUGUUAAAAGUAUAAAUUAACAAAUAAAUCUAAUUGAAUUUGUUGACUGAA